GUUGAAAGCCCGCCUGCAGCCAUGACAGUCAUCGCGGCGAGCUCAAGAGAUACUGGUGGUGCGAUAGCUACCACCUCGAAGCAAGCGGCUCGGAAUGCAGACACUCACAACGGGCACACUGAGGAAAAUCCUGUGAUCGCGGGGUGCGAGUUCGUAUAUGAGAACACAGACCUCGUCAGAGUAGACGAAUCCGGCGUCCAAGCCGCUGCCGAAUACAUCCACCGCAAAAUGCUCUCCGAGUCCUACAGUCCGCAAACCUGGCGGACGCACCCCUUGCACAAUAUCCCAGACGAUACGAAGCCCUUGCACGACCCGGCGAACGUGCGCGUCCUGGACUGGAUUUUCCUCAUCUCGUCUCUGAACUUCAGUUUUUGGUCCGAGAGGGAGGGAACGGACGCGAGGUAUGGCGUGCUGUGGCAAGAGAGCUGGGCCUCUGGGAAGCCGAAGGUGUUCACGGGAUACUGGAGCCUGGUCGCUGCGCUGAAUCGAGCAUCGAGCGAGGGUACCCCGAUUACCGACCCCAAAUUCUACGCUGACAAGGACGCCUGCCCCGUCGAGCUUAUCGCCCACGUCUUUCGCCGUGCGCCUCAAUCCAAGGAGGACAUACCCCUGCUGCAAGAACGCAUCAGCAUCAUGCGCGAGAACGGUCGGAUACUCUGCGAGGACUUCGGCGGCAGUUUCGCUGGCUUCAUCAACGCCUUCCACGCGAAAUUCGAGAGGCAGGGCACCGCUCUCGACCUGGUAAAAAUGAUCACCGAGACGUUUCCCUCUUUCCGGGACGAGACCGUGUUCGAGGGCCGCAGAGUCUGCAUCUGGAAGCGCGCCCAGAUUCUGGUCGCGGAGCUCUGGGCGGCGUUCUUCCCCGAGUGUUCUCCGGAGAGCACGGCUGCAGCUUCUGUGGAGAGCACGAAUGUAGCUUCUGGGGAGAGCUCAGCGUCUCCGUCUUCGACCUUGUCGGCUGAGCCGAGUCCAUCGUCUGCCAUCCCGGAUUCAUCGUCGGCCAACCCGAAUUUAUCGUCGGCGAACCCGACAUCGCCGGCAACCUCCGCCCCACCUACGACCCCCACUUUGUCUCUCCCCGCCUCCACCUUCACCUCCACCUCCACCUCCACCUUCACCCCCACCUCCACCACCACCACCACCACCUCCCCCACCCCGCCCCACCCCCUCUUCCCCGGCCCCCGCGGCCCCGCGAUCGGCGCGCUCACCAUGUUCGCGGACUACCGCGUGCCGCAGGUGCUGCACCACCUCCGAAUCCUGAGGUACGCGCCGGGGUUGGAGGAUUUGUUGCGGGGCAGGACGACUUUGCCGCAUGGAAGCAGAGAGGAAGUGGCGCUGAGGGCGGGGAGCGUGCUCGCGGUGGAGCGGGUGAGGGGGGCGAUUGGGAGGAGGGUAAGGGAGGCGGUUGAAAAAAGAAUUUCGACUAGGUUGGAACAUGGUACUCGAGACCGUGAGGGGAAGGACGAGGACAGCGGUCCCAAACUGGAAGUCUCCAGCGUCCUCAUCGACUUCUACCUCUGGGACCUGGCCAAGCGUGUCGAGAGCGGGGCGGAGCGGAUCGAGGGGAUUGAGACGGCGGAGGUGCUGCCGGCGCAUAGGACGAGGAGUAUUUGGUAUUAGGGCGAGGAGUAAUUGGUAUGAGGGCGAGAGGCGCAGUCGAGGACUAUCGGUUGAGCGUAGUCGGGGAAUACUGGAUGAGCGUAGUUGAGGACUGCAGGACAAGCGGAGGCCCGAGUUUCUUUGGACUCUUGUACUUCGAUGAUUUUUUUGUAGACAUGAAAUCGUUUUUGUAGACGAAUAUAGACGUGGGGUGCCGUGAGCGGCGGAGCAUUGCGCGCUGAUGACGGUUGUCCGAU